GAGGGUGAAUUGAUUGCUCUGAGUAUAUUUUGUGUUUUGUUUUUUAAGCGGGUUGGCUGUUGGCUAGCUAGAAAUUAUUAUCAAAUUAUGAUCAUAACGAAACGUACCCAUCUACAUACUCCCCGUUUGCUAUUUCAAUUCAUUUCUUAUCUCCUUCUCACUCAUUUUUUUAUUUGAUAUAACAUACGUGCAUUCCUUGCUUCAAUAUGGCCUCUCCAUUAAAUUCAAGCAAUACUGUUUUCUUUCUUUGCGAUAUUCAAGAGAAGUUCAAAAAUGCCAUGCUCCACUUUGAUCUCGUUGUAUCUGCAGCAACCAAAUUGGUUACUGCUGCUAAAAUACUGUCAGUGCCUCUCUUUGUCACCGAACAAUACCCAAAAGGACUAGGCAAAACUGUGCCUGAACUAGAUAUAUCUCAAGCAGCCAUAGUAAGUUCCAAAACUCGAUUCUGCAUGCUGACCCCAGAAGUCAAGAAAGAACUUGAGAAAAGGUCGCCGGAUGUUAAAGUCGUUGUGUUGUUUGGAAUAGAGGCUCACGUUUGCGUGGAGCAAACUGCUUUAGAACUACUGCAAAGAGGUUACAUCGUUCACAUCGUAGCAGAUGCUACUACGUCCAGAACGCAAGAGGACCGGCUCCUUGCGUUUGAUCGUUUGAAGCAAGCUGGAUGCUUCAUCUCUACUAGAGAAUCAAUAAUAUUCAAGCUGCUUGGGGACAAAGAGCAUCCGAAGUUCAACGAAACCAGGCCUCUAUUCGCAAACCCCAUGGCACCAACAGGUCUUGUGACCAAGCUGUGA